AUGACGCCCCAGCAAUUUCUCGAUUUCGUUCAGAUUCAUUGGAGAAAGUUUGGUUUCUUUCCGCACCCUGCUGUCCUGCGCGCGCUGUUUGGUUGGGACUUUGGAACAAGAGGAUUGUCCUUGGCGCAUUUUACUCGUGUGACUGAGCAAGAGAGACGUGCGAAGGUUCGCAAAUUUGACAUGAGUAAUUUCUCGAAGAAGAACAAGCUUCCUACACCGACCUCAAUUGCAACAUUUUCAGCUCUGGUAGGCGCUGUGGAAGUGCUGUGCAACCUGGCUCGCCAGUUGUACCAACCGAUGGUACAGGAAGCAUUUGCGGCUGCAGCACCUUUUCUGGGAGAGUUACAAGUCAGCGAUCUCCCGACGUCAGAGUCUGCGUUGGCCGCAUCAAUCCAAAAUCAUUUUCCGGCGUCACACGAGUCCUUCGUGCGAGUCUACCGGUUGAUCUUGCGUCAAGAUGUCGCGAAUGCGCUCCGAGCCUCAAAGUUACCUGCUAUUCGCGAUGACGGUUCAACUCGAGGAAAGCAGCGAUCAGCACGAAUCCCUCUGGCUGUGCGCAAGGCGUUGCCAAAACAGGGUGAAAAGCAGGUUUGCUUGCGGUUUUUGUCGGCUCAGGUUGCCGGGGCAAGAAUGGCAAGUGCAUAA